CGUCUACCGACCGGAAACACGUCACCGCUUUAAAAUUAAAACUACAGCUCCGUUUCCUGUGUUUAAGUUAGCCGGCUAGCUAGCAUGCUAACAAGAUGGCGCCGGCUAUUUGCUGCGAAACAAUAACAAAGACCGACGCGUAGCGUGGCUUUAAAGUGCUUUACGUGGGCGUGACGUGGUUUAAACUCAGUACGCAGCCGGAAGUGUUUGUGUUGUGUAGUUUGUUGUGUGUUAAAGCAGGUUUAUUGUGUGUUAAUGGCCGCUGGGGGUCCGUGUGCACUGUGCUCCAGGGAGUAGUCGGUAGCGAUGACACCCCCGCGGUCCGCCGGAGGAAGAGGAAGGAGGUGAUGAAGAGGAAGAGGAAGGAGGUGAUGAAGAGGAAGCCUCUCAGUUAGCUGCUGCCGGGCUGCGUGACGGACCGAGGCACCGCACCGGGCCCGCACAGAGAGGCCUGAGGCCCGCAGGACCUGCACCACCGGGCCCGCACCGCCGCAGGAUGCCGCGGAGGAAGCAGCUCAACCCGCAGCCGGUGAAACUGGAGUCGGAGGAUGGGGCGGUGGUGUGUGAGCCGAGCUGCCUGGUGCUGGAGAGCGACUUCCUGCUGAGCGGAGAUCUGGAGUUUGGAGACUCUGAGAUCAUGGGGCUGGAAAGAGACACUGGUUUGACGGUGUUCUCUCUGAGCGUGGAGGACGACGCCUCCGCCCCGGCCGACUCGUUCCCGGCGUUCCUCUCCUGCAGAGGGUGUGGUCAGCUGCUGGGAGACACGCCCCUGGGGGCCGGCUUGGAUCUCGGCGUGGGUCUGGACCUGGGGGUGGAGCUCUACUGCCUGAGCUGCGAGGAAGGCGUCCACCACGCAGCGUCCAUCGACUCCUCCCCCGUGUCCAACCUGCUGGACGCCUCCAUCGGCGGGCGCUCUGACAGGAAGAGGAGGAGCAUCGCUAAGACGGACGCCAUGGGCGACGUCCCGGCGAAGCUGUACUCGUGCUCGCUCUGCAGCUUCACCACGCGUUACUCCAACCACCUGAAGCGCCACAUGAAAACGCACGACGGCCAGAAGCCGCACCACUGCCCCGUGUGUCCGUACGCCUCGGCCCAGCUGGUCAACCUGCAGCGCCACGCCCGCACGCACACCGGCGAGAAGCCGUACCGCUGCCUCACCUGCAGCUACGCCUGCAGUUCCCUGGGCAACCUGCGGAGGCACCAGCGCAUGCACACGCAGGAGAGGCCUCAGAGGAGAGAGAAGGAGAAACGCCGAGGGAGGAGGAAAAAGACCAACGCUCAAAGUGAAGAAGUCGUGUCGGACCUGACGCUGCGAGUGACCCAGGACUCGGGUUACCUCCACACGCUGGGCGCCCUGGGCUCGCCCUCGGCCCCCCUCCCCGUGCUCCUCUUCCCGCUCUGCUGCCGGGCGUGCGGCCUCACGCUGGAGGAGGCGGACCUGGACGGGGACAAGACGGACGGCGAGGGGGACGGCGAGGGAGGACAGGUGUGUCGUCGCUGCUCGCUGGACUCGCUCUCUAAAGAUGGCUCCGCCCCCUGCGGCCCGGACGAGUCCCGAGGAUCCCGCCGCGGCCCGCGAGGCACCAAGCUGUACCGCUGCCCGCACUGCCCCUUCCUGUCCCACUACCCCAACCACCUGGCCCGCCACGCCCACACCCACUCGGAGGAGAAGCCCCACCCCUGCCCGCACUGCUCCUACACCUCCUCGCACCUGGACAACCUCAAACGCCACAUGCGCGUGCACACGGGCGAGAAGCCGUACCAGUGCCCGUCCUGCAGCUACGCCUGCGGGAACCUGGCCAACCUGCGGCGGCACGAGCGCAUCCACUCGGGCGCCAAGCCCUUCCACUGCGGCGUGUGCGGCUACUCGUGCAACCAGAGCAUGAACCUGAAGCGCCACAUGCUGCGGCACACGGGCGAGAAGCCGUACGCCUGCGCCGAGUGCGACUACACAACGGGUCACUGGGACAACUACAAACGCCACCAGAGGAAACACGGACACAACACGGACAGCUGGGACAAGCACGCGCCCGGCAACGGCCUCAGCUGGAGCGGAGACGGACAGGAGAGCGAGAGUCAGGGACAGGAGCACAGCUAGAGACAAGUGUGUGUGUGUGUGUC